CUCGUUAACUCUUAUUGAAUGGAGACAUUUUUAUUUUGUUUGAGAAUGUCUUCGGAAAAUGAUGAGAAACGUUUGCGAGAUCAAAGAGGAACGCAAACCUCACCGACACCAUCUGAAGAAGAACUGAUGCUUGCUUUCACAGCCCUGCCAUCGAAUAUAGAACAAAAAGUUCUUGACUUAACUGGACUUAUCCAAGCGAAGGCUAAACAACUUCGGUCCAAGCCGCAAGUCAGCUGGCUACCCUACCUUGAAAGUGGACUCAUAUCUUCACAAGAUUAUGCCUUUAUUACUGCGUUUCAGCAUUCUCAAACGAAAGAAGAGAGAGACAAGUUGCUGAAUUAUUUCAAGGGAAGAGUCUUCGACUCUCUUGUACGUAUAGUACAUCGAGUUUGUUUGGUCGAGGAAAUACAGAAAUUUCUAGUCCUCAUCGACGAUAUGCUGUGGGAAGACACGACACGAGUCUCCCGUUUUAAACCUGAGGAGAUGGAGCCUUGGAAAGCUUUCCUUGACCUACUCUCCUGUUCUGAUGACUUCGUGAGAAACAUGGCAAGUCGAAUAAUAUCGAAAUUUAUAACCUAUGAUGAAAGUAAACCAAGCCUUGAAGAUUUGAAUUAUUACUUUAGUUGGCUAAAUCAUGAGCUACAGCAAGGUAACAUAUAUCUUCAAUCCGUUGCAAGAUGUCUUCAACUGUUGCUUAGUCGCGAUCAAUACCGAGUGCCGUUCAUGAAACUGAAUGGCAUACACAAAAUUAUCAGACUUUUGUCCAUGGGAGUAAAGCCGCAGGAUCAGUACCAGCUUUGCUUUUGUCUUUGGGUGACUUCAUUCAACCCUUACGCAGCAGAAAGAAUUAACCGAUCUUGAAAAAAAUCUUGAUUAAAUAUCUGCAAGAUCUGACCUCUUUUGAUGAAUAUUACUUAGAAGUGAAAUCUGGACAACUUGAGUGGAGUGUAGUGCAUACUAGCAAGCACUUCUGGGAGAAAAACGCAGAAAGAUUGAACGAGAAAAGGUAUGAAAUUCUCAAGAUACUUAUCUCUCUACUAGAGACCAGUCAAGAUAGCGUCAUCCUAUGUGUGGCAAGCCACGAUUUAGGAGAAUAUAUGACACAUUAUGGCAGAGGCAAGAAAGUAGUAGAACAUUUGCGGGGCAAAGAUGCACUGUUGCAACUGCUGUCUCACAAGAAUCCCAAUGUAAAGUACCAUGCCUUAAAAACUCUUCAGAUUUUAAUGCUAAACAACUAUGACUUGCUGGCAGAAUAUGAGAUAAAAAAACUAAAUAAAAAGCACUGGGAUUCUGAUGAUGUUUUUGGACUGCAAGCAAAAACUGAAAAAAUAUUUGUAGAUAAAUACUACUAGAAAUCGUUAGUGCCAUUAUCCACCUCAUACAGCAGGAAAUCAUAACUAAGAUCAAAGUCAACAUUGCAUUUCCGAAGAGAUUUAUUGAAACUUUUAGUAUUAGAACACAUUUUUUAAA